AUGGCGGCAUACGAGCUGCAUUCACAGGAUGUGUCCGUGGCGCUGGAUUUCGCUCGCUGCACGCUUUGCGGCUCGACGCAGCUCUCCUUCGUGCGCCGCGACGAGGGCCUGCCGCCGGCCAGCGUUUCCGGCGGACCGUUCAUCCUUCCCAUAUCGGUGCCGGCCAUUGCGCACGCGGACUACAAGCGAGUGGUCGUAAACGGUAUAGGUGCGGAUUUCCAGCUUGCGAAGACGCUGGACCCUACGAGCAAUGCGAGCCUGGUCAACCAAUCAUGUCGCAACGUGGACCUGCUGAGCCUCGACGGGAUGCAUGUGGCUGCGCAGCAGAUAUGCGCGUCCCUGCUAUACGUAGAACUCAGCGAGGUCCCAGCGAAGCUCAAAGUGGACAUACAGUUCGAGUACAUGCAGCUGCGGAGCGCCACCGACGACCUCUACUUCCACAGCUACUGGCUGCUGCCGCGCUGCUCCACGAGCUACCACGAGUACGCGGUGCUGUGCUCGAGUCCGAAGAGCGACAGGUGGUUCCCGACAGUGUCCUUCAGCGACACCAUAAGCAUGGCGAGCAGCUGUGUCUAUCGCAUCGAGGUGGUGGUGCCCAGCGGCUUCAGCGUGAUCUGCGGUUUGCCGCUAUGCGAAGAAACGACUGUCGGCGACGGGGUUGAAAUGGCUGCUAAAACCACCACGUUCCAGUUUAAGUGGGAGUCGAGCAGCAGCCUCGGCGUGUUCCCGCGGAAUAGCUUCGGAUUGUUCGCCGGAGAGUUCGAGUUCUGGGAUGGCAACCGGCUGCAGGAAACCCAUGAGGUGUCGGAAGAACGGCCUCACAAGUCGCUCGAUGACGAAGAUUGCGUGGAGGCUUUCUUGCAGGCAGCGCAGCACAAGCUCUGCCACAAGGUGCCGAUUACGUACGUCACCUUGAAAGGCUACGGGUUCCUGCUGGAGCCAAGCAACAUCGCGACCGCCCAGUGUGUGGACACUUACCGCCGAGUGCUCGACUUCGAAGCGCCGGACAGCUUCUUCAUGCUGUUCCUCCCUGGGCAGCCCUUCCCGGUGCCCGGCAAUAUCUCCGCCAACAUCCGGACCCAAAAUUUCAUCGACAUCAAACGGUGCACGGCGUUCACGGGCUCGGAGAACCACCUUUACACGAGUUUCAUCGAGCCACUCGCCAACUACUACCACGGCAUGUACUACCCCAGCGGCGCCAACAUGAUCGUCUACUCGAUCGACGUGCUCCACAGCUACAGCGACAUCGACCACGACUUCAGGAGCCUCGACUGCAGGAUCGCCAUCGCGUACGGCCUGGCGACGCUGUUCACGCUCAAGCGUUGGGUGAACCCCUCGCGGGACAUGCACCUCGACGUCAUGCUGCAGUCGUACCUCGUCGACCAGUUCGUGAAGCGCAACAUGGGCUUUAACGAGUACAAGGUGCGAAUGUGGGCCAGGCGUGAAUUGUUCGCGACAAUAACCGAAAUUUACGGCGACUAUCACCCCCUAUGUCAACGCAAGGGCAGCUCGGCCUCAGUGCCAAUCCUGAUGGCCGACCGAGCCUUCGUCCUCAAGUGCCACCUGCUUCCCGCUAUCCUGGAGGCGCUCUUCGUCUCGGCGAAUUUCCUACCGGACAACUUCCUCGUUCAGUCGCUGCGUCGGCGGGUGGUCAUCUUCAGCAAGGUCGGCGACGACGAUUUGCGUGCCGACGCCAACUGUGCGCGGCGAGGUGAAGACGACGAUGCGAUCACCACGUGUAGCAACGGGGCGGUAUUCUGGGACACGCUGCGCGACGAGAUGGUGCGGAGGUACAUCAACUCGUGGAAUGCGCGGCCGCCAAACAGGCUUGUGGUCGAAAACCAGCUGGACCCCAACUGCAAACUCGAAGACAUCCUGAGACGGGGUGUUGACCACGACCAUCUGAGCGCCAUCAUGAAGCAGUACAACAGCAUCGUGAGCUCAUUUCUGCACGGCACGGGGUGCCCGCAGAUCAACGUGAGCUUCUCCCUCCAACUGCAGCGCAAGGGUACCUCCAUGGACCACCUCAAUUUCAGGAUCGACAUCAAGCCCCUGCAGCCGCCAAUCGACGUUCACAAAGAUGGGAGGACGGCGUACACAGUUGCCAUGGGUUCGCAGUUGGCAGCGCGCAAUCUCAUGACAACGUACGGCAAGCUGGCGCGUAUCCUGCAGCUGGACGACCACACGGAGGAGCACUCCGGCGGCCACGCGGGACAGGUGCUCGAACGUGUGGCGCAGAUCUACAACAUCUGUAAGAGCGGUUACUGCCCAAGCGUUCCGCACGCAUUCGACUUCGUUGAUAUCGCAAACUCCACUCCCAUACCCGGGUCCUCCGAGGCCGGCAUCCUACGGAGAAACAUGGGUCUGCUGCAAAUAUGGCACGACCCGGUCGACCUGGUUGGACGAGACGGAAACUUCUUAAUGGGGUUCGGCUACAUUGGCCCAUUCCCGUAUGCGUUUUGCCUCGGCAACGGCCCCAUCUACGACUGCCUGGAUGUCCUGAAAAAGCACUGUGAUGUGAACAACAUCAUCGACAGCUAUGUGGACAACGGAGGCACCUACUGCGGAUCGUAUGUCUACAAGAACGGCUACGAGCUGCUGCUGGGGCGGGCCAGCCUCCCCGUUGCGUCGAACGGCGGGAUGCCAUAUUGGCAAAUCAUCCAUCAGCAGGCACUCAUGAACGGGCAAACGGAGCCCGUUCCGAUGUCUGCGGGCCUAUCCAAGCAGUGGGUUGCGCAGGUGAAGGUGGAUAUCGUGGAGGACGACGGCGUCCGCGAGAACGUGAAGUUGGUCGGGGACAUGGUGCCAACCAGCUACAAGGUAAACCCCAGGGCCGAACGAGGACGCAAGAAGGUUGCCAUGAAGGGCACCUCCGAAAAGGACGUAGACGACGUCAUAGACGACAGCAACCGCAAGAACACGUACGUCGGGCACUACAGCGACAGCGAUCGCACGGUUAUCGAGUGGAUGAAAAUGCUCUACCUCGGCAUCCAUCCGGAACUGGCGCAACUGGACAACCGCUCAGUCGUUGCGAAAAUAUGCAGCAAGAGCCGCGUCCCAAUGCUCUGGACGAGCGUCGACAGCGGAUUCAGGCUCAUUGGGAGGAUCCGCAGGUGCCAGAGCGGCAGCAUGUGGGAGCAGCAGCUGCUUAGCGACAACAACAUAUACGGCCAGAUAGACGCGGCCGCGGCCAUGGGCUCGCUUGGGAGGAGCGUAAAUUACGCAAGCUGCGACAGCCCUGUGGUUAAACUGGCCGUCUCGAAAAUCGAAAUGCUGGUGCGGCGCCAUCACGUGCACCCGGUAGUGCGUGCACGCUGUCUGUACAGCCUGGUGUGUCUGCACAACCGAGACCCCCGAAUACAGGAGGCAGUGCAGCAGGUGUUCUCGAAUUACCUCAGCUCAUUCUCGCUGAACAACACCGGCGCGAACUACUGGCACCCCAGCGAAUCGCGGUUCAUGCUGGAUUUCUUCAAGGCGUUAGCUCUAUUGCGCGACCGCUGGGGUUCGUCGCCUCAAAUGGCGGUGGACAUGCUAGCGAAGGUGUUGGAGGGCAUGAACGGCGUGAACUACCUGGUGCACGCGACGAACAUCGUAGACUGCUGCUCGUACCUGGCCAUUCCGCCUUGUGCGCUAAGGCAUACGUCGGAGGGCUCCUCUACGUGUCUGGAGAUCAGACGACUCUGGCAGCUGCUGUGGCACCUCUUCAGGCUCGAUGCCAUCCCCGGAAGUGGAAGCUGCAACAGGAUGCUCACGGCCGCCUUCCUCAGGUGCUUGAGCAGGCAGCCGAUAAUGCUGGAGCUGUGCUUCAACAAAUUCGCGCAGGAUAAGGACAUUGGCUUCGCGUUUGACUUCCACACGUUCAUUCCGCUUAGGCAGAACAUAUUGAGGUCCGAGCAAGCUGCUUUCGAGCUGGGUCAGACGUACCAUUCGAGCCACGUCCACAUCGCCGCCAUCGAGUCCCUUCUGAGGGUCCUCAUGACGUCCGCUUACAUCAUAUCCGACGAAGAGGAUAUGGAGGAUGACAGCCCCCAUUGUUGCAUGAGGAUGCUGAAAGUGGAUUACGAAACCCAGGUAAAGCGGAUUGGGCAGUUUGCCGGAAUCUAUGAGGCAGCUCGCUGCAGCAGGCGCUUGUGCGAACGUUUCACCGAGGCGGAGCUGAAGAUUCACACGUGGGAUGCAUUCGCUCGAGUGAUUGACGAACUGGCACAGCUGCACCCAGUGCUCUUCAUAGACUUGGAGGGUCCGUACGCCAAGCAAACGCGAGACCUGCUAUACGACCUGCUGAGACCAUGUGCGAUGUCGUCACAAACGUUCCAAGUGCAGAUAUACAUCAGGAUCAGGCGGGCUAUAAUGCUGCUAUUCGGCAAAGGUUUCGCAUGGGAGGGCGACGUGGUGCCGAAUGAGCAGCUGGUGUCACAACAUAUUGACCUGCUCACGAGCGGACUCAGCCUACCACGUAUCGCCGCAUUCAGACGCAUUCACGGCGAUGGAGCGAGCGGCGGCAGCUCCGACUGGCUGCAAGUGGCUGUGGAAGCGAUUGAGGCGCUGAAAGAGUUGCCCCAGGCGCGCUGGUUCAUCAACGACCCUGAGCAGUCAUACGUUGGCUACAGGUCGCUGGUCGGUCACCCGAUGUGGCUCACCAAAAUAGCGAACAAGGCGCUCUCGGGUUAUUAUUCGAUGCCAAUGCAGUUCAAGGCGGACAUGGCGCUCGUAUUCAAGAAUGCUAAAUCAGUCAACAAGGCUGACACGCUGCCGUAUGCAGACGCGUUGUUCGUCGAGGAACAGUUCGACUCGCUCUGGCCGGCGAUCGUUCGGACCUACCAGCGCAGUGUAAAAGCGUCCAUCGGCAACUGA